CUCGGUGACUGAAGCUGGGGAGGGCGGGUGCGGGCCGGGGCAGUGCCCCGGAAGUGGCCUUGGGGAAGGAGGCUAGACCGCAACGGGGCCAGACGCGACCGCCGGCCAUGUUCCACUUCUUCCGGAAGUCUCCCGAGCCCAAGAAGGCGCCGGUGCCCGAGAGAGAAGCCGACGGGUUCGUCCUCCUGGGUGACACGGCAGGCGAGCGCAGGGGCCCCUCAGAAGGAGCGAAGCAGCCGGCUGAGGCAGACGAGGGAGGCCCGCGCCCGGGGCCCGGCCCCGCGAAGGAGGGGGAAGGCCCGGCCGUGGAGAGCAGCGCCCUGGCCUCGGAGCUGCUCCGGGACGUGCCCUUCACGCUGGCGCCCCACGUGCUGGCGGUACAGGGCGCCGCCAGCGACCUCCCGAGCCACCUGACCGCCGAGGCCCACGACGACUUGUCGCGCUUCUUGUACGACUUCACCCUGGAGAACUCGGUGCUCUGUGAGCCCUGAGCCCGGCGCCCCGGCCGGCAGCACUCUCCCGCCCGGCCUCGUCCCGCUCCGUGAGGGCCGCGCUCCCAGGUGGUCGCCUCUGUGCUACGGCGGCGUUCCCCUCCGCAAGCGCGGCUCCGCGCCGUUCCCUGCGAGCAGGAGGAUGUGGAGCCGCUCCGCCGCGUUUGAGAAAAGCCAAAUAAAAGCAGUUCUUCAGCCGGACGUAGCGCCUGCCCCGCGGUCCCAGGGGGCCGCGUCCCUCUCACCCCGGGGUCUCACGUGGGUGUCACGGCUCACGGCGGUCUGGGCAGCUCCACGGGAGCCUCAUGGGGGGGACGGGAGGGCUUUGUCUCCGUGCCCCCCUGCCUCAAGGGGAGGCCCCAUAAAGCUCUUCCACUGCCUGGGAACCUGCCCCCCCCCCCCCCCCCCCGCCUUUUUCCUUUGCUCACCAGCCUCGGUCUUCACGGACUUUUCUGGGACGUUCCCUCGGUCGAGAGCCCGCCGGAUCAGGAAGACCCACGUGCGACUCGGGCGCCUGCAGCGGCCUCCGCUCUCUGUAAAAUGGGCACAGUCGUAGCCGCUUUCUCUGAGAAUUAACGGGUGUAAAAUGCUUUGCAGACAGUGCCGCCAAUGCUGGCGGGCUUGUUACUCGGCCUUCGCCAGCCACGGCCCCGGCUCCGGCAGAGAGCGGGUGUUUUUGCUCAGCCUCCGUUCCCAAAGAAAGCCGGAUCCCGGCGUUAAUGCCGAGGACCGGGACUGGAUGCAGACGGGAGCCCGGAGAGCUUCCCACCCUCAGGCUCUGUUUGUGCCGGCUCCAAUGGGGCUGUGGCGUCCCUCCCCUCCCCCCUUCAGGGAGACGGCGAGCCCGGCGGCGGAGGGCCUGCGUCAGCGCGGCGAGAACCAGCAUCCCCGACCUGCCCGAGUUCCGUGGGGAACGAGGCGCUGCUGCCGGAGGGACGCCGGCCUUGCCCGCGCUGCGUCCUGCUAACCGGACUGAGCCGUGAAACCCCGCGUGAUGCCGGGGCGUCUACACUGGCUGGGAGUGCGCUGGUGUGUGCGCAUUAAACCCUAACCCAGGCGUGAGUGUGCGGGAGCCGGCCCCCCCGGAGCUGGGGUCCCACUGUCACCAGCGCUCCGGGCGUCUGAUCCCGUCCCCGCGAUUCGUGUGCAGAAACCUUUUCUAAUUCCGUGUGAGCCGGGAGAAUAAAAGGUGGAGCCUUGA